AGUUCUUGGGAUCUCCUUCACUGAGUGAGAGCAUAUCUCCCGGUUGGUGACAGACGUGAUGUUUCACCGGUUCCUGUCGAUUAUCCGAAGCCAAAGAACCAGCCCAAGAUGGCAGAACCAGUGUUUGGCGAGAAGCAGUGCGUCGGCUUCUGAGGCCCAUUCUGUUACCCUGCCUGCCCAGGCCGAGGUGGUCAUCUGUGGGGGUGGAAUCACAGGCACAUCUGUGGCCUAUCACCUCUCUAAGAUGGGGUGGAAGGACAUCGUACUUCUGGAGCAGGGGAGGCUGGCUGCUGGCUCUACCAGGUUCUGUGCUGGCAUCCUGAGCACUGCCAGGCACUUGACCAUCGAGCAGAAGAUGGCAGACUACUCAAACAAACUCUACCAGCAACUAGAGCAAGAAACGGGGAUCCAAACAGGCUACGUGAGGACAGGCUCUGUCUUUCUGGCCCAAACACAAGACCGGCUCAUCUCCCUGAAGCGCAUCAACUCAAGGCUGAAUGUUAUAGGGAUCCCUUCUGAGAUCAUCUCCCCCAAGAAAGUGGCCGAACUGCACCCUUUCCUCAACAUGCACGACCUGGUGGGGGCCAUGCACGUUCCUGAGGAUGCGGUGGUGUCCUCCGCCGAUGUGGCCCUGGCCCUGGCAAGUGCCGCUUCCCAGAAUGGUGUUCAGAUUUAUGACCGAACAAGUGUUCUUCAUGUAAUGGUCAAAAAAGGCCAAGUGACUGGUGUGGAGACAGAUAAAGGACAGAUUGAGUGCCGGUAUUUUGUCAACUGCGCUGGUCAGUGGGCAUACGAGCUGGGUCUGUCCAACGAGGAGCCGGUUAGUAUCCCGUUACAUGCCUGCGAACACUUCUACCUUCUGACUCGCCCCUUGGAGACCCCUCUGCAGAACAACACACCAACUAUCGUGGACCCUGAUGGAAGAAUUUAUAUUCGGAACUGGCAGGGUGGCAUCUUGUCUGGGGGCUUUGAGAAGAACCCGAAACCUAUUUUUACUGAGGGCAAGAACCAGCUGGAAAUUCAAAAUCUACAGGAAGACUGGGAUCAUUUUGAGCCCCUGUUGAGUUCCCUCCUGCGUCGGAUGCCAGAAUUGGAGACACUGGAGAUCAUGAAGUUGGUGAACUGCCCUGAGACCUUCACGCCAGACAUGAGAUGCAUCAUGGGCGAGUCUCCUGCGGUCCGUGGCUACUUUGUUCUGGCAGGGAUGAACUCCGCGGGCCUGUCCUUCGGUGGAGGGGCUGGGAAGUACCUCGCCGAAUGGAUAGUAAAUGGUUACCCCUCAGAAAACGUCUGGGAAUUGGACCUGAAACGCUUUGGAGCCCUCCAGAGCAGCCGUACCUUCUUGCGCCACCGGGUCAUGGAAGUCAUGCCUUUAAUAUAUGACCUUAAGGUUCCUCGUUGGGACUUCCAAACUGGCAGGCAGCUGCGUACUUCUCCUCUGUAUGACCGGCUGGAUGCUCAAGGGGCCAGAUGGAUGGAGAAACAUGGAUUUGAAAGGCCAAAGUACUUUGUUCCACCUGACAAGGACCUCCUUGCAUUGGAGCAGAGCAAGACUUUCUACAAGCCAGACUGGUUUGACAUUGUAGAGGCUGAAGUCAAGUGCUGUAAGGAGGCGGUGUGUGUGAUCGACAUGUCCUCUUUCACAAAGUUUGAGAUAACAUCUACCGGGGACCAGGCGCUAGAUGUUCUGCAGUUCCUCUUCUCCAACGACCUGGAUGUGCCUGUGGGCCACAUUGUGCACACAGGCAUGCUCAACGAGACCGGGGGCUACGAGAAUGACUGCAGCAUUGCACGCCUGAGCAAGCGCAGCUUCUUCAUGAUCUCUCCAACCGACCAGCAGGUCCACUGCUGGGCCUGGCUCAGGAAGCACAUGCCUGAGGACAGCAGCCUGGUGCUGGAGGAUGUCACUUGGAAAUACACAGCCCUCAACCUGAUUGGCCCGCGGGCUGUGGAUGUGCUCUCUGAACUGUCCUAUGCCCCUAUGACUCCAGACCAUUUCCCAACUCUGUUUUGCAAGGAGAUGAGCGUGGGCUACGCGAAUGGGAUCCGGGUGAUGAGCAUGACCCACACGGGAGAGCCGGGCUUCAUGCUGUACAUCCCCAUCGAGUAUGCUCUCCAUGUGUACAAUGAAGUGAUGAAUGUUGGGCAGAAGUAUGGAAUCCGGAAUUCUGGGUAUUACGCCCUCCGCAGCCUCCGAAUUGAGAAGUUUUUUGCCUUCUGGGGCCAGGAUUUAAACACGCUCACCACGCCGCUGGAGUGUGGACGAGAGUCUCGGGUGAAGCUGGAUAAGGGCAUGGACUUCAUGGGCCAGGAUGCACUGCUGCAGCAGAAGCAGAAUGGGGUGUACAAGCGCUUCACCAUGUUCAUCCUGGAGGACCAUGACACUGACCUGGACCUCUGGCCAUGGUGGGGGGAGCCUAUUUACCGGAAUGGCCGGUAUGCAGGCCAGACCACCAGCAGUGCCUACAGCUAUAGCCUGGAGCGCCACGUGUGCCUGGGCUUUGUGCACAACUUUUCAGAGGACACUGGGGAGGAGCAGGUGGUCACAGUAGAUUUCAUCAACAGGGGAGAAUAUGAGAUUGACAUUGCAGGCUGCCGGUUCCAGGCCAAGGCCAAGCUCUACCCUAUUGCCUCCCUCUUUACACACAAGCGCCGAAAGGAUGAUGUGGAGCUGAGUGACUUGCAUGGGAAGUAACGCCAGGCACUGUUGCCAGCUUCUCCCCAUCUCACUUGAGGAGCAUCACCGUGAGCUUCCCUUUCCCUGACAGUUCCUCCUCACCAAACCUUUGCCUCGCAUUUCUUAUCUUCUUGAUAAUACUUUUGAACUUGACCUGCUUUUAAACUUGCAGGCUUUCUUGUCUUCCCAUCCAUCCCCUGUUCAGAGUCCCAUGGUGGCAGGAAGUGUACCUAACAGGGUGAGCUUCCCUGUGGAACUGUGUUAAAGUGACAGGCUGAUUUUAAAUUGUCUCUCAAAACAAGGCCUGCAUUGUUUGUUGUCCAGCCCUCAGGGAAGAAUCUCUCCCUGGGCUACAGCUCCUCAGAGAAGCCUGUGUGUGAUGCAGCCUCUGAAAUAGCUUGUGCCUUUUAGCCAGGCAGAUCAUUGUCCUGUCCUUUGCACUGUGGGCUGGCACCUGAUACCUCUAGCAAGAGGAUCAUCUACCUCACUGAAGGGAGGAAGCACAUGGAUGCUGUGUGGGCCAUAGGAGACACAAGCAGUUAACUGGCACUGUCCUCAUUUGCCCCUGGAGCCAGUUCUCACAUCUUUGGGCCAGGGCAGCCUGCCUGCGAUUUUUUGUUUUUCAUCUCUUGUUCAUCCCUGUAAUGGGGUAGUUUUUUGUUUCCUAGCUAAGGAAAUAAGUAUGCCUAUGUUGGAAUGUCACCACCAAUGCUGGAUUUUCUGCUGUGAAGACAGUGCUGCUUUCUCUUUGUGCUAUGCAAAGGUCAGUUGUCCUCUAGGUUUUCUUCCUUGCGUGACUCUCAGCCUCUCCUCUACCCUGCGCCCACAGCUCACGAGCUCAGCGUGUCUUCCUUCCUUUAGCAUGGGGAAGGGACAGUUAGGCUGGCCAGAUGAGUAAAGCUUGUUCAUGCCGAGCUCACAGUGAAACUUGGAACUUUACAUCCUGGCAUGGAAGAAAACAAAGUCAGAGAUGCGUCCGUCCAGAGUUUGUGAGUGCAGUAGCUGUGAGUUUGUAAAGUGAGAGGGCUGCUUUCCUCUUUUCCUCGAAGCUCGUUCUCCAGCACCGAGUGUGCCCUGCACCCUGGUGAGGAGUGUCUGUUUCCACAUGGGAAAGCUUGGAGGUCACAGACAAAGCUAUCCAACCCCAACACAUUUCCCCUUGCAUAUAAACUGCCCUCACUGGGUUUUAAUUAGUGUAAAAAAAAAAAAAAACAACAACUACUAGAAAUUUAACUCUGCCAUAGUCUCUCUCAUCUCGGUAUCUUGGAAGCAUUAGUUCAGCUAAACCUGUAGGAAUAGUAAAGAUCAUGUAAUGAGAGCAGCUUAACAUUCCCAGGUUUCUGCCUCAUUCAGCCUUGCUGCAAAACCUGUUACCACUCAGGCAGACUGGCCCCUCCUGCCUGGUUAGUGACUUAAGUGUCUACCUAUGUGGGGGGAUCUUGGUUGAUGUGUUAAGGAAGAGUGUGGUUAUAACUCAGUUGGUGGCCUUCAUGUUUUGGAGCAAGCACGCAUUUCACUUGCUGAGACCUGCUGCUUUUGGGCAGCCAGGAGAGCGCUCUGAGCAGCAGCAGCCGCCAGGAAGGACCUGGAGGAGAGGGCCAGCCCCAUGCCACGUUGGACAGAUGGAAGCAGGAGUCCCAGAUAGCCACACGCUUUCACAUGUUUGCACCACUCCAAGUCUAUCUUUGUAAAUGAAAUUUUAUUUCAAAUUAAAUCCAAAAGAAAUUCUUGGUUUAUGCACAGACAAUACAACUGUGGCAAUAAAUUUGUGCUGUUACACAGAAGUGUCAUCACGUAAGUUCCAUAUUGAAAAAGUAAAAGCCACCUCAAUUUAUUACUCACACAGUAUAUUCAAGGUAGAUGUCAGUGCCUCUAUUUUUUUUU